UUAGUUGGGGCAGGAUCGGCAGGGUCAGUAAUGGCCAAUCGAUUGUCAGAAGACCCAGGCACAAGAGUAUUAAUUCUAGAAGCAGGAGGGCAAGAAAAUGUUGUGUCAGAUAUUCCUUUAGCUGCCGCUAUGAUCCAGCAAACUCCUUUGGACUGGUCCUAUCAAACCGAACCUCAAAAGGCUGCUGGUUUUGGUUUGAUUAAUAGACGAGUGAGAUGGCCUCGAGGCAAGGUGUUGGGUGGCUCAAGUGUGUUAAACUACAUGCUGUAUGUUCGAGGAAAUCGACGAGAUUACGAUCGUUGGGAGAGAGAACAUGGCGCUUACGGCUGGAGCUGGAAGGAUGUUUUUCCAUACUUUCUGAAAGCAGAAGACAACAGAGAUCCUCCACUUGCAAACAAUGGAUUUCACGGAAGAGGAGGAUACCUUACUGUUUCUACACCACCUCAUGUUAUGCCCUUAGCACAUGCCUUUGUUGAAGGUGGAAAAUUCCUUGGUUAUUCCAAUGUCGAUUAUAAUGGACCUCAGCAGUCUGGAUUUGCAAUUCCUCAGGGUACAAUAAGAAGAGGAGCUCGAUGCAGUACGUCCAAAGCAUACUUGAGAACAUCCAGUGGGAGACCUAAUCUGGAUGUUGUUAUAUUUGCUUUUGUCACUAAAAUAAUUUUUGACGAGAACCUCCGAGCACGAGCGGUUACCUAUGACAAGUUUGGAAUGCAACAUACGGUUUUCGCUAGAAAGGAAAUUAUUCUCUCUGCUGGCACUGUAAACUCACCCCAACUUUUGAUGUUGUCAGGAAUUGGCCCAAGAAAAUACUUAGAAAAACUGGGUAUACCAGUUUUAGUGGAUCUUCCAGUUGGAAAGAACCUGCAAGACCAUAUUUACCCUGGAGCUUUGUCUUAUGUUGUUGAUCAACCAGUUACAGCCUACUUACCCAGAGCUUUUACCCUUCCAAAUAUCAUCAGAUAUUUCGCUAAGGGGGAAGGUCCUCUAACGUUGCUAGGUGCUGUUGAAGGUUUAGGAUUCAUUAAGACAAAAUUUGCCAAUAUCACAGAUGACUAUCCAGAUAUAGAAAUCCACUUUCUUUCCGGAAGUGUAAUCGCUGACGUUGGAAAUUCUUUCCGCUCCAAUCAAGGCCUCACGGACGAACUCUGGGAAAAGGUUUAUGCUCGUUAUCUCGGACAAGACACUUUUUCUUUGUUUCCCGUGUUGCUGCGUCCUGAAAGUCGUGGUUUCAUCAAACUGCGAUCUUCCAACCCGUACGAUGCACCCAUUAUUGACCCAUGUUAUUUAACCAAAGAAAAGGACGUUCUAACUAUUGUAGACGCUAUGAAGAAAUGCUUAGCUUUAGCUCAAACGCCACCGUUUAAAAGGUUUGGAACACGAUUAAUUUCUGAUGUCAUUCCUGGGUGUGAGACUUAUAAACCGUGGAGUGACGAGUACUUAGCGUGCUCAGCCAGAACACUGUCAUAUACCAUCUAUCAUCCUGUCGGAACUUGCAAAAUGGGUGAUCCUCGAGAUCCAAGCACAGUCGUAGAUCCCCAGCUUAGGGUGAAAGGGGUGGCCGGACUGCGUGUUGUAGAUGGCUCUGUGAUGCCGGCAAUUGUCUCUGGAAACACCAAUGCUCCAAUUAUAAUGAUUGCAGAAAAAGCAGCUGACAUGAUUCGAGGAAUUAAUACUGUGCCGAUAAUUCACUAAGGAAAGAGAAUUAAAGCUGUACCAAAGUUUAUAAACCAUAACAGCAAACAGAAAAGGUGGAACUCGAUACGUUGAUUUUAUAUAAUUAUGUGACUGAAAAUAUGUGUAUGAAAACUAACAUUAAUGCAACGACAACAUAUCUACAUGUUUUAUUUAUUCAGAUGA